AUAGGGUUUCUCUAUUUCCCUUCCAACUUCCCAAAAUUCAAAAUCUCUUCUCUGUCACCGGAAUUUCCCAAAAUGCAACCUCCGAUUUGCAAACCCAGACCUCAAAGUCACCUUGAAUUUCUGAAACCGCUUCUCAAUGACUCGAUCAAGCAGCUAUUGGUACAGUACCGGAGCGGACGAACCAAUUUCUCCGAUUUCGACUCCAUCUUCACUCGUAUUCUUAACGAUCUUCCCGAACCACCACCUCUCGAACUCGUCUGGUUCUACUCCGCCAUCAGAUUCUACUCUUCGAAGUUAGCUUUCCGGGAUGAUUCCGUUAGGUUAACUUCGAGUUUCUUCCAGCUGCUAGUUUCGUUUUCCGAUUCGUUUUCCGGCGUUAAGAAGGUAGCUCUGUUAUCUCCCGUUGUUUACCAGUUGAGUCAUUUGGUUAAUUCUAGGAGGAGAGACGCUUUGAGCUUGUUAGAAGGGAUUGUGAGCUAUAUUAGCAUGUACUGUGUCGAGGAACCUGGAGAUGAAGAUGAUGAUGUGUUGAUGGUCUCUGGUUUCAGUUUUGCUGAUUUGAGUCGAGUUUGGAUUGUGGAUGAAGUGGAAGAUAAUUGUAGAGUUGAGGAUUGUUUGGAGAUCUUCAUGCCAUUUGUUAGUGAAACUUUGCGUAAAGAGAUGGAUUCUGAGUCCUGUCGCGUUGGUUACUUAGCUGGAAUCGUCGCUUCUCAGGUGUUCUUGCUUAGUUUGUGCUCGAGGUUUGAUUUGGAGUUAAGUAGAUACGAGCUAGAAAAAGAUCUACGGGAAUUUGUGCUUCAGGUGAUUUCUGGGUUUCACAGUUGCUACUUUUUUGAUGUAAUUCUCAAGAUGCUGCUGCUGGAGCCAUAUCUGCAUCUAACUUCACUACUGGGUCCCGAAGAUGAAGCUAUUUUAACGGAAAUCAUAACAGAAGCUGUGAUUAAGUCAGCAGAGAAGCUAUUCCUUAAUCCUGGAAAUGGAACUUCACAAAGAAGUUUACACUUGGAGAACAUUGCUAUCAAAUGGUUGUUUCUUUUUGACAAGACUAUGGCUUCUCUAAGGAGAAACAAAGAUCAAGAAAAAACCAGCAGGUACAUGAGCAUGUUCACCAAUUCACGUAUUCCUUACCACUUGAUCAAUUGGGUAAUCAGUCAAGGUGAAGUGAUUAGAGAUGCAGACGCACUGAGAAACUUGACUCCCGCAUCCUUCAUUGAAUGGCUUGUAUCACUUGAAGAGCAAGGACUAAGGGUGUUUAACUGUGACCAUUCCAAAAACUAUGCCAGAAUUGUGAUUCAAAGGUCAAGACCAGAUCUCAGUCUCGGAGCCACAUUACUGAAACAACAAGAGGAGUUUGAUCAUGAUGCAGACAUGGCUGAUGAUUACACUGUGUCAUCUAUCUCAAUUCUCAGCAGCAACACAAGAAAGCGUAAAGAAGAGAGGCAUAAUAAGGAGGGAGAAACGAAAGUGAAGCUCUUCAAACAUAGACACAGCAACCUUCAGGAGAACUCCAAGUUUCAACCUUUUGUCUUCUCGGAUGGUUUGGUGAAGGGGACUGAGGUUGAAGUUUCAGACAUGGAGCUAUGAGUCUAAACCACUUGUAGAUAGUGAAAUCGGCUUAAUAUUGUCUCAAAUAUGGUAGAGAUGUAAGAAUGCUGCUGAAGUAAUUGUUGUCUAGAGAUUAUAACAAAUUCACUUUUGUAAC